CUUGUGGCCGGGCUGCAAUACCAUUGUCAGCCUCUGACUAGCCUGAUCGGGUACCCACCUUGAACCAGCGAGGCAGCAAGCUGCGUGACGACGGCCGACUUGGAUCCAAUCCAAAGACCAACGAAAACUCACUUUCCCGAUUCCGCCAUCUCAAACGACGAACCACCAGCUCGCCCUCGCAUACCGACGCUGAUCCCGCAACUACCGUCAAAUCAUGCCAGCUACAACCGCGGAGACGCUGUCGCUGGUGACGCGCACCGUCUCGGUUGCGCCGCUGGUACUGCUCUCCGUCGUCGAUCACUACAACCGCACCGAGGCCUUCAAGAGCAAAACCAAGCGGGUGGUGGGUGUGCUAUUAGGGCAAAACGACGGCAAGAAUGUGCGUGUCUCCAACAGCUUCGCAGUUCCCUUCGAGGAGGACGAGAAGGACCCGUCAGUCUGGUUUUUGGACCACAACUACGUCGAGUCGAUGAACGACAUGUUCAAGAAGGUCAAUGCGCGCGAGAAGUUAAUAGGCUGGUACCACUCCGGUCCGAAGCUGCGCGCCUCAGAUCUGGAGAUCAACGAGCUCUUCAAGCGCUACACGCCCAACCCACUGCUAGUCAUCAUCGACGUCCAACCGAAGGAGGCCGGCGUCCCCACAGAUGCCUACUUUGCCGUCGAAGAGAUCAAGGAUGACGGAACCACCACAUCCAAGACAUUCGUGCACACGCCGUCGAUUAUCGAGGCCGAGGAGGCAGAGGAGAUUGGUGUUGAGCACCUGCUGCGUGACAUUCGAGACGUAGCGGUUGGCACCCUCUCCACCCGGAUCACCAACCAACUCCAAUCACUCCAGGGCCUCCACCUCCGCCUGCGCGACAUCCAAGCAUACCUGCAGAAAGUCCUCGACGGGCAACUGCCGGUCAACCACGCCAUCCUCGGCAACCUCCAAGAUGUGUUCAAUUUGCUGCCAAAUCUCUCGACGCCCAAGCCUGGCGCGAACGGUGCCAAAGGCGACACCGAGCUCAACUACGCCUUGAGCGUCAAGACCAACGAUCAGCUCAUGGCUAUCUACCUGAGCAGCCUCAUCCGAGCCAUCACUGCUUUUCACGACCUGAUUGAGAACAAGAUUCAAAACCGGCAGCAACAGGAGGAGAAGGAGGCGGCCAAGAAGGAGGGUGAGGGCAAGGAGGGUGAGAAGAAGGAGGGCAGCCCGAGCGUGAAUGGCGAAUUGAAGGAAGGCGGCGGCGAUAAGGAAAAGGAGGUAUCUAAGGACAAGAAGAAAUAGACCAGGAGCUCCACAUAGGCAGCAUGGGAAAUGACUGUACGAGGGGUCGCAUUUGCUCGACGACGACUCGGGCUUGUUAAUACUACGGGAAUCAUCUUCGGUAUGCUAUUGUGAUGAAGUUGCAUUAUGCCCUGGCCAGCCCUGAUCCUCGACAGCGUGCCAUGUCUUGCAGCAGAGAGAAAUCAGGAGCUCCCACUUGUCCCUACCAACCUAUGAUCUCCAGAGACAUGUACAUCUACACAUAAGCCACAAUACCCGCCAUCUCCUCCCUUCCCACCCGCCGCUCAACCACGUACCUG